AUGUCCCUGUCCCCAGAGCCAUUGCCACCCUUUCGGUAUCGCCAGCCGCAAAUGGCAUGCGUCGAGGACGUUGAGAAGUAUGUUCCUGGCGGCUACCACCCGGUCGAUAUUGGAGACGUGAUCCAUACAGGCGAGCAAUCCUACCAAAUUAUCCACAAGCUCGGCCACGGCGGCUCCUCGACGGUCUGGUGGCCAGUGCUGUGUCGUUUCUUCAUCAUUACGGUGUCUGUCACGGCGACCUUACUGCAUCCAACGUUGCAUUCGAGCUGCCAGACAUUCAAUCCAUGUCCUCAGCCCAGAUUCGUCAACUUUUAG